UUGAAGAAAAAUUUAAUAUUUUACAAAAAUAUUUUGAAACAUGCUAAUCUUUUUAGAAAUACACGAACAACUCGCCGAGAAUUACUGUAUGUACUAAAAAAACCUAAAAAAAUACUUGAACUAAUAAUGCAACAAUGUCGGAAUUUCCAUGAAGUCACAGGAAACGUAAUCGUCCCGAAUAUGGUGAGGGGAAUUGACCACUUGAAAGAUCCUCGGUUGAAUAAGGGUCUCGCGUUCACGUUAGAAGAGCGCCAGGCUUUAGGUCUUCAAGGCUUAUUGGCAACGAAUUUCAAAACCCAAGAACAGCAGAUUGAUAUAGCGAGAAUAUCUGUGGAUAGAUAUAAAAGUGACUUGAAUAAAUAUUUGUAUCUUGUGGAAUUGCAGGAUACAAAUGAAAGGCUAUUCUUUAGUUUACUGGAUCAGAACAUCGAGAAAUAUUUACCUAUUGUAUAUACCCCAACGGUAGGUUUAGCGUGUCAGAGGUUUGGACUUAUCUAUAGAAGAGCAAGAGGUUUAUUUAUCAGUAUUAACGACAAGGGAUAUGUGUAUAAUAUAAUUAGAAAUUGGCCAGAACACGAUGUACGGGCGAUAGUGUUUACAGACGGCGAGCGUAUCUUGGGCCUGGGUGACCUGGGCGCUUACGGUAUGGGCAUACCGGUCGGCAAGCUGUCACUGUACACCGCUCUCGCCGGGAUAAAACCGCAUCAGUGUUUACCGAUUUUGUUAGACGUUGGCACAGACAAUGAGACUCUGUUAGAAGACCCUCUGUACAUUGGUCUACGGCAUAAAAGAGUUCGAGGCGAAAAGUACGACGAGUUUGUAGAUGAAUUUAUGAAAGCAUGUAUCACAAGAUUUGGACCGAAUACGCUUCUACAAUUUGAAGAUUUUGCUCUUCCGAACGCUGGACGAUUUUUAAAGAAAUAUCAAGAAAAAUAUUGUACGUUUAAUGAUGAUAUCCAAGGCACAGCCAGUGUGGUAGUCGCUGGAUUGAUGGCAGCUACAAGAAUUACCAAGAAAAAAUUAUCAGAGAAUAUAUAUUUAUAUCUCGGCGCUGGAUCUGCGGCGAAUGGAAUUGCUAAUUUAACAGUGCUAGCAAUGAUGGACGAAGGGUUAUCAGAGAAAGAUGCUCGAGACCGGAUAUUCAUGUUUGAUGUAGAUGGACUCUUGUCUACGCGUCGUUCUCAAGGUGUUCCGAAGCAUGCCGAGAACUUUGGCAAGGAUAUGGAACCGGAGACGGACUUUGAAAGAUGUGUGGAGAUUGUGAAGCCAACAUGUUUAAUAGGUUGUUCCACAAUAGGUGGCGCUUUCACGCCCUCCAUAUUGAAGUUGAUGGGUAAACACAAUCAAAGACCGAUCAUCUUUGCGCUUUCGAACCCGACGAACAAAGCAGAGUGUACCGCACAAGCUGCUUAUGACAAUACAGAGGGACGCUGUGUUUUUUCAUCCGGAUCUCCAUUUCCACCGGUGUCUUACGACGGAAAGGAGUAUCAUACAGGACAAGGAAAUAACUCUUAUAUCUUUCCUGGAGUAGCGCUUGGAGUUAUUGCAACAUCAGCGCAUCAUAUACCCGAUUAUAUUUUUUUGACGGCUGCAAAGACAUUGGCGGAAUUUGUUCAUGAGAGUGACUUGAAAAUUGGCCGCCUAUAUCCUCCUUUAAAACAAAUAAAGGAAGUGUCGUUAUCUAUAGCUUCAGAAGUUGCUGAAAUGGCCUAUAAAAAAGAUUUAGCGACUGUGUACCCUAAACCAAAAGACAUGCAAUUGUAUUUAAAAUCGCAUCUAUACCAAUUGAAGUAUCCAGAUUAUCUGCCAAAGUUUUACAAAUAUCCAGAUAUGCCUAAUAUAAAAGUAAAAUCAUUCGAUGAAGCCUACAGCGGAAUUAUGUUGGACGAGUACGGACAUACACCGUCCCUUGGGGAAACACAAGUGAUGGAUGACUUUGUAAUAUAAGAUAAAUUAGAAAUAUUGUGACUGGGCAUGGAUAAAAACCGUCACAAACUUGCAUAUAUUAUAACUCCUGUGAUUUUC